UUUAAAGAUAAGCUUAUUUUGAUAAUUCAAGUUCAAAUAUUUUGAAAUGUAGUUUUAUUUUUUUAAAGAUUAAACAGUAGAAAAUAUGUUCAUAUUCAUAUUUGUAUAAUUUUGUUCUUUAGAGAACGCACUUCUUUAUUGUUAUUAUAUAUUUUCGAUCAUAUUUAGUGUCAUGGGAGCGUGUUGUAGUUGGUGCAAGGAUGAUGACACAUACACUGUAAGAGUUUAAAUGGUACUUUGAGACAACAAAUAAUUAACUUUAAACUUUUUUUAGGAUGUGGAUCAAGAACGAACACAUUUGCUGGCCCACCCGACUUGUAACAGUACAAGUAUUCAACACGGUAUACCCGACGACUAUCAAUAUGGAUCAUUGCCUAAAGAAUCUGAAGAACAGGCUAGCUUGAAUCGCAUUUUAGAAGAAGUAUCAUCGUAAGUUUUUCAUACAUUUUUCAUUGAAAUUGGUUAAAAUAGGUAAUAGUAAUUAAUGACUAUCACCAAACAUGUCUUGUUGAUAUUUUAAAUUCUGUUAUCCUCUAAGUACUUAUAUUGUUAUUGAAUAAUAGUGGCUGACAUUUUAUCAUUGAAUUAAAUUCAAAAAAUAGAUUUAAUUUAUUAAACAAAACUUUUAUAUACUUUAUUUAUUGUUAAGUAGACUUUUAUAAAUUUAUUUAAAUGGCUAUAAUAUACUAUCUUAUUUACAAUUUAACCAUUAGUCAGUCACGCGGUGUAAACAUUUUCCUUAUCUUUUAUAAUGGCUGUUUCUUGAUCUAAAAUUACUACGUGCUCUUUUCAAUUAUCAUUUUCAUUACUAGACACAUCACCCUAGAGUGCUUGCCAUCUAAUAACUUUUUGAUAUGCCUAUGUUGAACUUUUAAAAUUAAAAAAUGGUUACUCAUUUGUUAUACUUAAAUAUUUUUUAUUAACUUUGAUGAUAUUUAAGAACAACUUCAUUACAAAAUACCAGACUGGUUCAUAAUCUUGAUAGAUUAUUUACCCCACACAACUGAUGAAAAGUAAAAAUUUAAUCUAUAAUUUAAUUUUUUAAAUUUUGUUUCUUUUUGACAAAAACUAAAUUAGUAAUUACUAAUUGCAAUUUUCAUUAUGUGUAAGUACAAUAUACUAUCAUAAACGCUGGACAUACUUUGCUCGAUGGGUGGACCACUGUUGCAGAUAAGAUAUUAGGAGAAUAGGAUAUAGAGAGAAAUUUAUUGUAUACCUGUAUACAAUUAAUCAUUGCCAACAAAAAGCAAUUUUGAGCGGAGUUCAGUAAUAUAUGUUUUAAAAAGCCGUAAUACUUAUCAUUCUUGUCGUAAUUUGAUAUUAAAAAAAACCAUAUUAUACUCAACUUUUUUUGUUGUAUCACUAAGUACUACUUACAAUCAACCUCUUGUUAAAGCAUUUUUGUUUGGUCUAACAAUUUUAUCUAUUUAGUACCUACCGAAUAAAUAUUAUACAAAAAAUAAAAUGUCUAUAAAUAGCUCAAAUGUUUUGAAAAUUUUACGACAUCCAGAAAAAGUAAGUAUACGUUUUCUGUCCAAACUUCAAGUUUCUAUAAACUGAGUCACAACAAAAAAAAAACAAUAAUAAAAGCGUUAUUUUUAUAAAUUUUCCUGUUUUAUGUAUGACCUUAAGUACCAACUAAAUAAAUUUCAUUUCAGAAAAAUUGCUACAUUUGAAAAUCGAAGCAAGAUUUCUAGUAGAAUUUUUUUACACAGUAUUAAAAAUAAACAUAGUAAAACUCAGAGGAUAAAUCACUGAUCAAUACUAUGUACACUAGAUUUCAGAAUACCACAAUUUUCUAUAAGAUUUCCUUUAAAAUUACCAAAGGUUUCCAUGAUUACCAAAUAUUUGACAUUCGUACCUUGAUUUCCAUAACUUUACUCAGAAUCUAAAAUUAUAAUAAUUAAUUGAAAAUAUGUAUUGUCGAUAUAAAAAUUUAUCAGAAUUUAUAAAAAAAAACUGACUGAUUUGUUAUUAGUCUUCAUUCUUCUGUAGUGACAUAACAAUUUUUAAAUAUAUUAUUAACCAUAUUUUUAUAAUUUUUUUUUUCUCAGAAAUGUUAUCGAUGUUGGUGCCCUUCACAACUGCAUUGACCAACAAGAGAUAAUUGAACGUCAAAAUCUAUACAACGCCAAACUACAAAUUGUACCACUUUCAUCCGUUGCUCAUACUAUUGUCAGUUUAAGACAAAAUUCUGCUUGCUUGUUGAAAGAUGUUCCUGGUCCUGAUAAAGUACUAUCUAGAAAUAUAGGCCUACCAGGGAACUAUCGUUGCAUUCUGGUUCAUAUAAAUGAAAUACAGAGACUGUUAUCUUCUAUGAGUGUAGAACACAAGGGUGAUUUAGUAGUUCAAUUUUGAAUUGUAAACGUGUUUUUUUGAUAAUGUAUAUUUCAAUUUAUCAUUUAUAUAUUAUUUGAAUAUUUAUACAUUAUUAUUAUACUAUAAUUUAUAUUACACAUUAAACAUAAACAUGUAAAUUUGGUUAUAUUUUUAUAAACAUUAUUAAUGAUUAAGAUUUUUGAAUAGGAGGGACAUGGAAAAAGUACAACAUAAAUCCGGUUCCCAUAAAUAAAUGCAAAAUUGUUAUUAAAAAUAUAAAAGCAAAUGGUUUCUGUCCCAAUGAAGGCAUAAUUGAAGAUACAAUAACAUAACCUGACACUAAGGUGCCAGCUGCAACCAAAAGCCAUUGCAACCAAUUAAUUUGUAUUACCCAUAAAACUGAUAUCGGUAUGAAUAUUGAUAAGGCAUAUCCAUACAGACACAGAAGUUCUAAGUAGCUGAGGCUGAACUGAAAAACAAACAAAAAUGAUGACACAAUUAAAACUAAGAAAUAAAAUAGAUUUAAUUUUAAAAUAAAUAAUUAUAUUAAAAACCACAAAAGAAAAAAAAGUAAAUUAAUUCAUUUAAUAG